AGCGCAAAUAACCUUUUAAAAAUCACUUACUAUGUAUCUAAAAUAACUAGUAACACAUAUUUUCAAAUAAAAUUCACUAGUUGCUGAACUCGAUAGUAAAAAUUGUAUAAAAUUCGCUGACAUCUUCGUAGAAGUGAUGCGUGUAAAAAGAAGAAUGAAACGCAAGUUAGUAAGACUUUGAUGCCGGCGAUCAUGUUUUCAACUAAUGUUAUGAAUGAACAAACAGAAAACCAUAAACAGACAAAUUGUUUCUUGAAACGUUUUACUCGAAAACCCAUAAGUUUACCGUUAAAAGAAAUUCACGCAACACUGACUGGAUCGUGGAUCCAUUCCCACAUCGGCUGAGCACAUGACAAAAAUUAACACUAAAAGUGUCUGUCGCAUUUCCCAAUUUUUCUUGAAAAAACUAUCAAAAAUAUACAAAGCGUUCAUGAAACAUUUAUAAAUACAUAAAUUUCCUUUCAAGAACGUACUUGGCUUGAGCAUAAUGUGUAAAAUGCGCUCCGCCGUGAAGGAAACAAGGUCGAAGUCCUCGAGGGUAAAUUUCGAAGGUUAAAACUUUUCUUUGUCCCCCAAAAGAAAACAAACUUUUGCAUGUCACACGUCCAAUCAAAACUGCUAUACAUGUGUUCGCUUACGUUUCUGAAUGAAUAAAAAAAUGUACACUCAGAAAAAAAAAAGAUUCCGUUCCGACUUCAUCGGCGCCUUGUACAACGCCUCUGUUGCUGUUCUGCAAAACUUGCCAUAUCAUUCUUUUUGUAGUCGCCAUGCUGGUUUUGCUGAAUGAGAACAGAAGUUGCAGAUAACUGGUUUGCUCUGGUAGAUAGGUCUGCAGCUAGUAGCCUGAGGAUGAUCUUUGUCGGUCAAACAGGCUGCAGAUGCAAGUGCUGAUUUCGGCUAGAGGGUUUGCGAUAUCGUGAAGAAAUGUAAACGUCCUUGUCUUACUUCGUCCCUGGUCGAUGUUUUCAAGCCAUACCGCUUAUGACUUUGUGGCUCUUUAUGUUUUCCCAGGGUUGCCUUUUAUAGAGGCAUAAUAACUUUAUCUUUUAUGCCACGAAACGAUUUCUUUCGGUCGUAGACAUACAUGUAUAAUAAACGUUGCAAGCUCAAAAUUUUAGCCUUAAAUUCUCUGAUUCCAUGUUUGGGCAAAAUAAUUUUCCGUGCUUCUGAUUGGACGGCAGCGUCGACUAAACAAACCCAGCAUGGUUCUAAACAGACUCUUUGGGGUUAUACUGCUUCUGUUUUUUUUACUCGGGUUACUCGAGGCUCUUUCUCUCUUCCACUCGUUUCUUACAGUAAUCUCCUUUCCAUCCCUCUCUUUCCCUUCUCAAGGACACUUGAGGGGCCGAGGGGUUGGAUUUGAGGAAGAGAUAGCCACAAAUCAGGUUGAAAUUUAUGACAUCAGUGCGCGUAUUUUGGUUAUUGAAAAACCCAGAUGCGCGAUCUUCAGGUGUUAAUCCUCUUUUAUAGUUAUUUAUUAUAAAAUCAUUUAUAUUAUAAGCAUGAUUCAAUAUUAAAGUGAAUAAUAGGAUUUCAAGGCCAAAAAUAAAAGACGACUUUGAUUACUGACUGUAUUUUAUUCAGGAAAAAGGAAAACAUGGCAGCAGCGAGGACUGGCUCUAUCCAGGGACGGUUUGUUAACGAGAGGCAAUUGUUUCAUGGAACCAACCCUGAAAUUGUAGAAGCUAUCUGUAAACAGAACUUUGACUGGCGUCUUCAUGGGAAGAACGCAACUGUUUACGGGGAAGGAAGCUAUUUUGCAUUAAACUCCUCGUACAGCGAUCGUUACGCUAAGGAAGAUUCCAAAGGGUCUAAGUUCAUGUUCGUGGCCAAGGUCCUCGUUGGGUCUUAUACUACUGGCCAUUCCAGUUAUCGAAGGCUACCGUCAAAGGAGCCCUCGAACCCCGCAAGUGAUCUGUACGAUUCCUGUGUUGAUGACAGGUCAUUUCCAACCAUUUACGUCGUUUUUGAUACUGAUCAGUUCUACCCGGAAUACAUAAUAGAGUACUACACAACUCGAGACGGUCAUCAGCAGCCUGCUGGACCUGUGACAAGAGCACCUGCUCCAAGACCAAGACGCUUACCGGCAGCAAUGGGAGUGGCAGCUACAGCGCAUUACAACGCUAGCAGCCUAUCCACCAGUUAUCAGACGACCACAAGCUCGAGUGUGCUUUCGCCUGUUCAAGCGCUUUAUUCAAGCUCCUUAUUAAGUCUAGGCGGUUACACUUCCACAUCCAGCACAACGUAUAAUUCGCCAUCUGCAAAUUAUUAUCAUGAUUCGCCCAUAGCAGGAGUGACCCCUUUUACCAGCUCGAGUGUGCUUUCGCCUGUUCAAGCGCCUUAUUCAAGCUCCUUAACAGGUCUAGGCGGUUUUUACACUUCCACAUCCAGCACAACGUAUAAUCCGUCAUCUGCAAAUUAUUAU